AUUUAUACUUUACUUUUAAAAAAGUAUAUACUAAAUAUGAGAUCAAAAAUUUAUGAGAUCACUUUAUAAAAUUACAGGAAAUUCUGAGGAAAAAGUGUACUACAUAUUUACCAUCACUUAUACUUAUGCACGUUGUGAGUAAAAUUGCUUGGCAACCGGUUCUAUAAGAGGAGGCACAACUGAUGCUACCAAUCAGUAGCUCGUCGAACUUCUGUAAAUCCUCUCGUGUAUAUAAGACAUCAUACAUCGAUAGAGCAAGAAGCUCGGUUUCUUCUAUCAAAAUUUAUCAAAAUGUUGUUUUAUUUAUUACUAAUUACUACAUCGCCAUUUCUCAUCACCGCACAAAAUUUGAAUGAACCUGUGGAGAGGACUCAAGUAGAUGAUUUCAUUUUUGAUGGUCCAGUAGCUUCUGAACAAUCUAGUGGACAGCAAAGAAUUACUUCAACGACUACUGCUACUUCUAUUCCUCUGCCUGAUGACCAAUACAAUGCAUGCGUGAUAAACUGCCCAGUGACACCCGAAUAUAAUCCUGUUUGCGGUACAGACAAUGUUGAUUACACCAAUCCUGGAUUAUUAUCUUGUGCUGCACGUUGUGGAAAAGAAGUGGCAUUAAAUUAUUAUGGACGUUGCUCAACAAGUAGAACUGGAUAACUUACAAAUUUUAUUAUACAAUAUAAUUCAUGGUAAUAUAAAUGUUUUAUGAAAUUUUGUGAAUUUAUAUGAAUGUUUUAAUAAUGAAAGACUGGCAAACGUAAGAAAAAUAAACAUAUUUACAUAUCGCAAUGUAUAAUAUGUAAUACGUUCAACAAAUAUUCAUUUGCUCUUAUGCGAGAAUAAUAAUUUAUUGACUUAAUUUUCA